AGGGAUCAAAGUGGAAAACGAAAUUAGAAGGAACCGGCAAACCCAUCACCAGCAAGGCAAUCAAAAUUGGCGGCAGAAGAAGCAAGCACGAAGGUAAUGAGGAAAGAAAAAGAAAAGGUAAGAUAUUAAUUCGAAACUAAAAGGUAGGGGCCAGGCCAUUAGACGACUUUAAAAGGGAUUUGUCUUCCAAAUAAAAAGAAAAAUAAUAAAUAAAAUAUAUUGAAUAAAAGUGAAAAUCCAGAGCUAUUAACCAUAAAACUCGUUUAUUCCUGCUCCUUCUUCUUCUCUAUAUUGCCAGCCGCCGAUCAAUUUCUUCCUCCUUCGAAUCUCAAAAUAUCGUCUCCAGCUCUUGAUUCUCUCCUCAGGUUUGUUGUGCUUUGAUGAUAACAUGGAUUCCUGGGAACUGAACUGUUUAGAAGGGAACAUGACAAACUCUCAAAGAAGAGGAUUGGAUCUAGACUUAGAUCUUAACUAUCCUCUUGCUCCUCAAAUUAGGGCUCUUGACUUGUCGCUUGGUUUAUCUAUUUAUACUAAUUCUCAAGAAGUUCAAGCUCAACCACAUGGAUGGUCCAGCCAUCAAACUACAAAUGUCAUUGACGUCCUUGAUGAUGAAGUUACUAUAAUCUCCCCAAGGACAUUUUCUCAAGCUAGGGAAAAUUCUGAAAGAAACCAUUCGCAUGGAACGCGUGAAGUGCUUGGUGAAGCUACUGGAAUUCUUACAGGAUACACAGCUGUGACCACUUUAUGCACCAACUGCAAAAGAAGAAUAUCUGAUGAUGGUGAGCCUUGCUUGAAACCAGAAACAAGUAACAAGAAGAAGGCAAAUAAUGUAUCUGUAAUUCAAGAAUUGUUCCAGCCUGUUCCUAUGGCUGAAGAAUCUAUCUUCAGUUGCCCAGUAUGCAUGGGCCCCUUUAUUGAACCAACUGCAACAAGGUGUGGCCACAUCUUCUGUAAGGAGUGCCUCUUGAAAUCAUUAAAAUCAUUACAUAACAAAUGCCCAACCUGCAGGCAGAAGGUUGGAAAGCGAGGCAUCAUUAGGGUUUACCUUCCAACCACCAAUUGAAUGAAUUUAAUGAAGUUGCUAAUUAUUUAGCUAGCUGCAAAAGCCCCUCAUCAUUGUUUUUGUAGUUCUCACCUUUACUGAAUUAGGUGACAUUGUGUGUGCGUGUUUUUUUUUUUUUUU